AUGGAAAAUCACACCACAGUCAAUCGAAAUUGGAAAUAUGGAAGACAAGGAAGGAAACGAUCGACGGUCAACAUGGCAGAGGAGGAGACCAGCUGCUCGAAAGAAGAAACUACAGAGUGCAAACUACAGGAUGAAUUGGUGCAUACAUUGAAAUACUGUGUUAAGAAAAUGAAAGCAAGACACAAUAAGGUUCCAGAGAUAAUAGUCAAAGUUAAAUUAAAUGGGAUACCAAUUGAUAUGGAAUUGGACACGGGAGCUUCGGUGUCACUGAUAAGUGAAGAGUUCUACGCUAAACAUCUGAAAAAUACAGUACUUCAAUCCAGCGAUAUUGUGCUGAAAACCAUGAUGGGAGAAAAAAUAGAAGUCGUCGGGAUAUGCUACGUAACUAUGGAAGUUCAUGGACACAGAGUGGAGGAAGUGCCAUUGUAUGUGGUACAGGGGAAUGGACCUGCCUUAUUCGGUAGGGACUGGCUGCAUUUUGCGAAAUUUGACUGGAAAAAGUUAGCUGUAAAUCAUCUGCAUUCUGGUAUUCUGAAAACCUCAAAGUUAGAAGAACUGUUAAGGAAAUAUGGUGAUGUCUUUGAUGGUGAACUGGGUACAGCCAAGAAUAUAAAGGCUCAUAUUCGUGUGAGAAAGGAUGCAAAACCAAUCUUUUAUAACGCGAGGACAGUUCCUCAUGCAAUCAGGGAUGCUGUGAAUGCAGAACUUAAAAGACUAGAAUUGGAAGGAAUUAUUGACUAUAGUGAGUGGGCGGCACCGAUAGUGCCCGUUUCAAAAGACAAUGGUUCUAUUAGGAUCUGUGGUGACUUCAAGGUCACCAUAAAUCGUUAUGUGGAAAACCCUGAACAUCCAAUGCCAAAUCCAGAUGAACUAUACCACCGACUGAACGGUGGAAAAACUUUCUCAAAGUUAGAUUUAUCGCAAGCUUAUCAGCAAGUGGAAUUAGAUGAGGAAUCUAGGAAAUAUGUGACGAUUAACACACCACUUGGUUUGUACCGAUAUACACGUUUACCAUAUGGUGUCUCAGCAGCACCACAACUUUUCAGGUCUUUAAUGGAUUAA